AUGUCACAGAAGGAGGAUACCGGGGCAGUAGUACCUAAAAAGCCUGAAACGGCGCAAGUGGCCAACAUUAAUGGUGUAGAUAAGUUGCAACCUCCAAAGACAAAAGAGGAGACCGAAGCAAGCAAAAGUGUGUCAUCUGAAAAGGCAUCUCAUGCCGGUGAUGACAGCUUCAAAAGAAGCAUCCACGAUGCUUCCUAUGUAGGAUGGAAGCAGAUCGGUGGCUGGGAGGAAAAAGACGAAUUGACUUUGGAUGAUGAAUUGAUGGAUAUGAGUAAGGAAACAUUCUUGAAUAACAUCAUACCGGAUAAUCUCUAUGGUGACUGGUAUCAUUCGGUGGCGAUUUUCUUUAUCGGAGGUGUUCUAUCGUUUGCAUUGGGUCAUUACAAAUUCUCAAUGGGCUCUGCCUUUUUCGUGAUUGUAAUCACUUCACUGCUGUAUAGAACGUCCACUAAGAAAUACAGAGGUUCCAUAAGAGAGUUAGUUCAAAAGGAAUUUACUGUGCAAAAAGUGGAGAACGAUUAUGAAUCCUUGGAAUGGUUGAAUACUUUCUUGGAUAAAUACUGGCCCAUCUUGGAGCCCUCCAUGAGCCAACUUAUCGUUCAACAAGCCAAUGAACAAAUGGCCACCAAUGAGGCAAUCCCUAAAUUUAUAACCGAACUUUGGAUUGACCAAUUGACUUUAGGCAUUAAACCUCCAAGAAUUGAUCUGGUUAAAACUUUCCAAAAUACUGCCUCCGACGUUGUUGUGAUGGAUUGGGGUCUCUCUUUUACGCCUCACGACUUGUGCGAUAUGAGCGCUAAACAGGUCAGAAACUAUGUUAAUGAAUUAGUGGUUGUGAAGGCUAAAAUCUUUGGUGUCACGAUUCCUAUUUCUGUGUCAGACAUCGCUUUCAAAGCUCACGCCAGGGUUAAAUUUAAAUUAAUGACGCCAUUUCCACAUGUUGAAACCGUUAAUGUUCAGCUGCUGAAAGUGCCCGAUUUCGAUUUCGUUGCUUCCGUAAUGGGCCGCUCUAUCUUCAACUGGGAAAUUUUAGCCAUCCCAGGUCUAAUGACAUUAAUACAAAAGAUGGCCAAAAAAUAUGUGGGUCCAAUUUUACUUCCGCCAUUUUCUUUGCAACUGAACAUCCCACAAAUACUAUCUGGUUCUAACUUAUCCAUUGGUAUUUUAGAAAUUACCGUUAAAAAUGCUAAAGGUUUGAGACGCACCACAUCGAUAUUAAACCAGUCAAUCGAUCCUUACUUGUCAUUUGAAUUUAACGACGUAUCUAUUGCAAAAACAAGAACUGUGAGAGACACUUUGAAUCCUGUUUGGGACGAAACUUUGUACGUUUUAUUGAACUCGUUCACUGACCCCUUAACAAUCAGUGUUUUCGAUAAGCGUGAUAAAUUGAAGGAUAAAGUCCUAGGCAGAAUUCAAUUUAACUUGAAUUCUUUACAUGACAAACCCACCCAGAGGAACCUAAAGGCUCAGUUUUUAAGAAAUUCUAAACCUGUUGGUGAUUUGACUUUUGAUUUGAGAUUCUUCCCAACUUUGGAAGAAAAGAAACUACCGGAUGGAUCAGUGGAGGAACUACCCGACUUGAAUACUGGUAUUGCUAAAAUUGUAGUGGAAGAAGGUUCUCAUUUUGCUGAAGAAGACAAAAAAGUGACUGCUUACGUUGAAGUUUACUUGAAUGCUAAGCUGGUGUUAACAACUGGUAAAGCCAGUGACACGCGUACUUUAAAAUGGAAUUCCAACUAUGAAGCAGUUAUCGCAGAUCGUCGUAAAACAAGAUACAAAUUUGUUGUGAAGGAUAACAACGGUGAAGAGAUAGGAUCUUCUAUCCAAACUUUGAACGACUUAAUCGAUAGAAGCCAGGUCGAUAAGAAUUUGAUUCCUCUAAAAAACCAAAAGGGUGAUAUUAAAAUUUCUACGUACUGGAAACCUGUUAGGCUAGAGAUUGGCUCCAAUUCUGUCGCUUAUACGCCACCAAUCGGUGCCAUCAGAGUCUUUAUCGAAAAGGCAAAUGAUCUAAGAAAUCUGGAAAAGAUCGGUACCAUCGAUCCAUACUGUAGAGUCUUAGUUAAUGGGCUGUCUAAAGGUAGGACAGAUUUCAAGAAUAAAACUUUGAACCCAGUUUGGAAUCAAGUCAUAUAUGUUGCAGUCACUUCACCAAAUCAAAGAAUCACUCUUCAAUGUAUGGAUGUGGAAACCAUCAACAAAGAUCGUUCCGUUGGUGAAUUCAAUGUUAACGUUCAAGACUUAUUCAAGAAGGACGAAAAUGAUAAAUAUGAAGAAACCGUUGAUGAAAAAACUAAAGUUGGCCGUCUAGUGAUGCAUAAGAAAAGACCUAAAGGUACUAUUACAUACUCUACGUCUUUCUAUCCUGCAUUACCUGUUCUCACGUUAGAAGAAAUCCAGGAUUUGGACAAAGUUAACAAGAAAAAGAAGGUGUUAGAAUCACGUAAGUCAGUCAUGGACGAAAAAAAGAUGUCCAAAGAGGAAAAGGCUAAGUUUGAGCAAGAAUGCAAUGAAGUGAAAGAACUAGAAGAUAUGUAUAGUAAUAGACAGAAAUUGGAUUUACAAGAGCUAUUGCAAUACAAUCAAGGUGUCCUUGCUAUCACUGUCCUUGAUGGGGAACUGCCUGAUUCUGGGUUAUACGUUCAGUCAUUUUUCGACGACAAUGGUCACGCAAGAUUUGUCAGUCCACAAAUUCCAUCCAGAAUUAUUAAGAAUGGAUGGACAGGUGACGUGAUAAUCAAAGAAUUGGACAAAUCUGUCACCACGUUUAGAGUCUCAAAGAACAAGAAUUUCAAUAAGAUGGAAAAAUGUGUCUGUGAAGUGGAAUUACCUACUCUGGACCUAGUUAAGAACUGUUAUUACAAGCCAUCAAUCUUGCACCUUUCAGGUGAGGGCAGUGCUAAACUAAUGCUUCAAAUAUCUUGGUUUCCUAUUGACACCAAACAACUGCCAGAAAACGAUUUGAUUACGAAUUCUGGUGAUUUGACGAUUAUAUCCAAGAGUGCCGAAAACUUGAUAGCGUCCGAUUUGAAUGGUUACUCCGAUCCAUACUUGAAGUUCUACAUCAAUAAUGAGGAAGAUCACGUUUACAAGACCAAGGUUGUCAAAAGAUCGUUGAAUCCCAAGUGGAACGAUGAAGGCACUAUUCAAAUUAACAACCGUUUGAAUGACACAUUAAGAAUCAAAGUGAUGGACUGGGAUGCCACAUCUGCAGACGAUACUAUCGGUACAGCAGAAAUUCCAUUGAAGAAGAUUAAGGCCGAAGGUACCACUGAAUUAGAUGUGCCAGUAGAAGGAUUAGAAAAUGCUGGUGAUGGUGGUAUGUUGCAUUUGGAGUUUAGUUUCAAACCAAGGUACACGAUCAGCGUGAGUAAAAGAGAAAAGAAAGUCGGGGAUAUAGCGUCCAAAGGACUGGGUACUGGGUUGCGAGCCGGUACUUCGGUGAUAGGUGGCGGUGUUGGAGCCAUUGGUAAGAUCAAGAAGGGUGUGUUUGGUGGAUUGGGCAGUAUCACAAACCACAAGAAAAACCACGAAAAGGGUGAAGACGAAACCAAGUUCUAG